CCCCCGGCUGCGGGCGAGGAGCUGUCGGGGGUGUUCCAGGAGUUGACUACGAGCGAGUGUCACUUCAUCAACGGCACCGAGCGGGUGAGGUUCUUCGAGACAUUCGUCUACAACCGGGAGCAAUACGUGCACUUCGACAGCGAUGUGGGGGUCUAUGUGGGGGACACCCCGGACGGGGAGGAGGUUGCCAAGUACUGGAACAGCAACAUGGAAUGGAUGGAGCACAAACGGUCUGCGGUGGACCUCUGCCGGCACAACUACGAGGUGUCCACCCCGUUCAUUGUGAACCGCAGAGUGCCCCCCC